UUUUCAGCGAUAAUCAACUCAUCUCUCAUUAACUCACCUUUUCUUUUUGCGCCACCAGGCUUCAAAUUUUGAACGAAGCGUAAUACCCAUGCCAUUACUCUCCCCUAGAUAAUGCAGCUACCUACAAAGAAAUCAUCAAUCCCUUUAACGGGAAAAUUCCCCAGAGAAUCGUGCUGGGUAUUCUGGCUACCACAGCUUUUAACGGGCAAGCCGAUAAAGACCCUUUUGCCUUUGGAAAAUUCGGAGUGGAAUGGGUGAAACAGAUUUGGAAUGGUGAGGAAUACCCUUAUGAAACGAUGGAUUUGAACACAGGAAAUGGAAACAAAGAUAUGACGGGGUAUCACAGGUUCCUGGAAGCUACAGGUUGCCUUUACAGAAAAGGGGGAAACAUGGUUUGUUUUACCGAUUGGGGAGAGGGAAAGAAUUGUACCCUGUUUGCCUGGUCCAACGUGGCUAACGGCAGACACGACGAUCCCAUUUUACUUCCCAAAGAAGCAGGAUUUAUCAACAUUCAGUUGAAAUGUGCAGCUCAAGGGGCGAAUAGAACCAUUGUGAUUUACUGCGAAUACGCAAGCAUGCUGGAAAUCGAUGGGUUUAAAGGAGGUGUCAGCAUGGAUGUGAAUUAGUCAUGGAGUUUGUAAGGUUAUCUAUGGAUCAAUUAAACGCCUUGGGAGAACGCGAUCCCAUCCUGAAACGCUAUUAUGUCGGUGCCUUUGCCUGCGACGAAUUACCUACCACACCCCUUCGAGGAUCACCCCAAGCGUACAUCGUGAAUACACAUCCCGGUCAUAAACCAGGAGAGCAUUGGAUAGCCGUGUGGACGUAUGAGGAUUCGUGUGAACUUUUAGAUAGUUACGGUUUAGAGUGACACACUAACCAAUAUUUGGCCCCGUUUCUCGUAUGAUUAAAUCGAUGGAACUACAUUCGUAAAAACGAUCGUGUCUUACAAUCGAUUCUAACGGCCAGUUGCGGUGAUUAUGCCAUGGUGUAUUUGAUGUGUAAAGCUCGAGGUCAAAGCAUGAAUGAUUUUUUAAGUUAUUUUACCAGCAACGAUUACGUGCAAAACGAUCAUAUGGUGGGAAGUAUGUUAGAGGACAUGAUUCGAGGGUUAAUAAAAUAAUUUUGAAGACUACUACCAGUGUCAUUUCUGUGUGUGUGAGAGACAUGGCAACAUUCUAUAAAAUGC